CCCUCAGUUUGACCCGUGUUUUCCUCUCAGUCCUGCGGGUGGCUCGACAACAGCAGAGCAGAGCUUCUCCUUCUUCUUCAGACAUAUGGCCGAGAGACCUCACGAUACUCUCACCUUUACGAGACGAGUGCAUCUUUGAACGCAAGACUCGACGAAACACACCGAAAGCGACCUAUUUUAGUGUACAGAAGUGCGCGGAGGAAUAAGCAAGGCAAAAAGCAACACGUAUCCGCGGGGAUUUGAGUCCUGUGAGAGAGAGAGCGAGAUUGAACGAGAGAGAAAGAGAGAGAGGGAAGAGUUUCUCCAAAAGUGGAAACAGACGCUAUUUUCGCUUUUCUCAAGCGAAGACUAAGGAAUUAUGAGGAACGUUUGGAUGAUAUUAACCCUCGGCUUGACAGCCUUUCUUUCGGGGGAAAGGAUAGCAGUGUCUGCGGCCAAACCCGCCUCCCCAGCCGACGACCUGUACCUGGAGGACGUCGGGUCGGGGGGUUAUCCGGAGGAUGACGAUGACUUCAGCUCCGGGUCGGGAUCGGGAGCUGGAGAGGAUAUUGUGGAGGUGGCCACAGUAAACACACUCUUCAUCGCGCCUAAAGCAGAGCCCACACAGGACUCCACCAAAGACUUCACGCCCAAAAUGGAGACAUCGACAUCACGCCAUGCUCCCAAAGACACGAAGAAACGAAUCAGGAUAGAGGCUCCAGAUCCGGCCACCGAAGACUCACGCCGAAACCCCGUCACGAGCACCACGAGCCUCCCUCGGCCCCCGCUCGACGUGCAGUCCGAAAAUCUCUUCCAGAGGACAGAAGUUUUGGCAGCUGUGAUUGCGGGAGGAGUGAUCGGCUUCCUCUUCGCCAUCUUCCUCAUCCUCCUGUUGGUUUAUCGCAUGAGAAAGAAGGAUGAAGGCAGUUACGACCUCGGGGAGAGGAAACCCUCAGGAGCGGCCUAUCAGAAAGCCCCGACCAAGGAGUUUUACGCAUAAACCCGCUUCACCGACACCAGUGACGGGCCGAUAUCAGUGACUGCGACAAACUCCUUCUGCAUUCAAAAAAUCAUGUUUGAGGAAAAAAUAAAAUAACGUAAAGGAAAGCUUUUUGCAUAGAGUAUUGUAAUUAAGACCGUUUCUUUCCUCUUUUUUUUAAAGCAUCUCUCUGUAUUUAAACAUUAUUUUCUGUGUGUUUUGAAAAGGCUGAAAAGAAACCCAAUCUGUAACGGCGAGGACAUCUGCGUUCUGGAGCUGUUUUUAGUCGCUGACUACUUUUUAAACUAGCAUAUGUGUUUGUAAAGAAACAUUUUAAAGUGGAAUAAUUGAAUAUAAUUGUCCUGAUUUCAUUUCUCAUCCAGCAUGUCUGAUCAUAAGUGUUUCAUUAAUUUAUCAUUUUCUCAGAUGUUGAACAAUGCCUUUCUGUCGUCUGUUUAAACUCUAAGUGUUUCCCCGCAGCUCGUUUGGUUAUUUCACAGGUUCAGCGUUUAUUGGUGCUUCGGCGCUCGAGUGUGUGUAGGCUGUGAGAAACGGCCCUCUCGUGUGUGUUGCAUCUCUAAAUCUUCCUCGGAUGUUGAAAGCAUCUGGUUUAUUGAGCUGAUGAUCCCAGAGUCGACCUGUCCUCUGAGGAAAGCCCAGGUUUACUCUCUCGUCACACGGCAGUGAUCGCUUUCGUUAGAUCCACGCAGAUCUGAUUUGUUCUGUUACAGGAGCCGCUUUACAAACUGAAAACUCAAAAGCAAGAGUUUCCAGUUUAAAUGCUCACCGAAGCCCAUUCCGGAGGCCAGUGACGAUCAGUACAAAUGCAUCGUGCUCUUUAGACCCGUGUAAAGCGUGAAUCCCUGUGUUUUCCCGUUCCCGACUGUGACACACACCUGUACGGAUCGAAGGACUGAGACACAUCUGCAACCCAAAGACUCGUCUGAUCUCCACAUUGCUGUUAUUCUUUGGCCACAUUUGAGGUUUUUCUUUUGUUUUAAUUGUUAGCUGUUAGUUUUGUUUUUUGAGUAUACAUCUGACCUUUGCAUCCACUUACUUAUUCAUGUAUGGGAAAAAAUCUAUAUAGAAUUAUAUAUAAAUGUAUAUUCACAAAUGUUUUAAACCUUGCCUUAAAAGUGCCUACCAUCUGGAAGCGUUCAGCCGGUGUCGUCAUGAAUGGCUAGAGUGUGUUAUUGUGUUAUUAGCACAGCAGAAUGAAAUGGUGACUUUUUUUUAGUUGUACAAAGCAGACAGUAUUGUACCUAUAAGUUAAAACAACACUACUGAAUAAACAUUGUGGCCUAAA